AUGAAGGCUCAAAUUGAAUAUGAUCCUGCUGAUUGGUACUGCUUUAUAUGUGAAGAGAACAUUAUGGAAGAUAUGACAAGCUGCCAGGAAGACGACGUUUCAACUUACGUUCAACAUUUAAAUGCCCUCUAUUCAGAUUUUGAAUCUAGGUUUGAGGAUAUUUUGACUAUGGUAACACCACCGUGGAUAAUUAAUCCAUAUGGUGACAUCGAAGAAACGAAUGUCAUAAUACAAGAGGAACUGACUGAACUAAGUACAAACGAAGAACUUAAGGUUCAGUUUAAAAACGGAUAUCAGCAAUUCUGGCUGCAAAAUAACAUACCCGUUACUUAUUCCGUAUUAUGGAAUAUAGCGAGGAAAUUUUUAAUUUCCUUUCCAUCGUCAUACCUAGUGGAAAGGGGGUUCAGCGCUGUUACCAAUCUCCUAACGAAAAAAAGAAGCAGACUGGACAUCAUUAGCCGAGGAGAUUUAAGAUUAACCCUUACAAAAUUGACGCCAAAUGUUGAUAAUUUAUUAUUAAAGCAUCAGGUUCAUCCUUCUCACUAA